CGCUGGACACCGCUGCAGGCGCUCGCUGUAUAGCGCCAGAUCCGUUGGCUGGAUCGUUGGCUGACCCGUGCUUGCUGCUUCAUUGUUGUGAGACGGUCCCCAGGGGCCAAGAGGGUAGGCGUGCCGCGUGUUACUAGCAGCAGCAGCGUAGACAAAGUGUUCUCCCCCCCCCCCCCCCCCCCCCACGACUCUGGAUUUACUUCGUGCGGUCCGAGCUGGGACGUGAACUCGGCGGAUACCCCGAGCCCUGUCGUUGGGAGACCGGCUCCCAUGAUUCACUUCCUGUAGCCGCUCGGAAGUGGGCGCCCGUCAACCGGAAACAUGAAUGCCGGUGUGCGCCAGCUCGGUCUCCUUCCCGCCGGGUGCCAGACAUGGCACGUCAACGUGGCAAGCUUCAGUGGCCAUCGUUUCGCCUAUGCAGCCACCCUGGCCGUUUAUAUCUACGAGAUGGACGAGUCCAAUGGUGAGUUCAAGCUGCGCGCCAUCAUGGCCGAGCACAGGCGUACCGUGACGGCCAUCGACUGGCACCCGACGCGCAAGGAGUGGAUCGCCAGCGGCAGCCUGGACCCUAUGCUGUGCGUCUGGGACAUCCGCCAGCGGGCGCUGGUCGCGACGCUUCGCGAGCCCCAGUGCCUGCCGCUGCUGCUCACGUGGCGACCCGACGCUCCGGACACGAUCGCCUACGUGUCUGGUCGGGGCCCACUCCACUCGUGGUCUGUGCCCGAUGGUCCACGCGAGCCGUGGCGGGACGCGGCGCAGUUCCAGAGCGUCAUCACUCAGAUGACGUGGCACUCUUCGGGAAAGUUGGCCAUGGGACAUCAGGAUGGCUCCCUGUCCGUCCUGCAGAGUGGUGGUAUGUGCCAGAAGCACGUGCGGCUGCUCCACGACGUGCCCCCGGACAGCGAGGACGAGGACCCCCGCAGCGUGGUGGCGCUACGCUGGGACGAGCAGUCUUCGGGCUAUCUGCUCGCCGGGCUUCCCAGCGGGCAACUGUUCCUGCUCGACUGGUCGACGUCGGGCGAGCCGCAGGUGCUGGCCACGUACGCCUGCCCCAGCCGCGCCACCACCAUCGCCGCGCUCACCUGGGUGCCCGAUGCGGCUGGCAUGUUCCUGACGGGAGAUAAAAUGUGCGGGACACUGCGUGUGUGGAACGUCUCCCGCAACACGCCACUGGAGAACCUGCAGCUACACGGCAGUGGUUUUCGUACGCUAUGCGUCUGCACCGGGUUCCCGGACAAAGAUCGCGCCUCGACUGUGCCUUCCGCCGAGUGCGCGGCGUCGCAACAGACAGCGGGCAACGGGGCUCGCCUUCCAGCGCACGUGCGUGUGCUGUGCCUUUUCUCUGACGGGGCAGUUGGUCUCUACAACAUUCGCCGACGCUCCUGGGACUUCAUGCGGGAUACGGCGCACACCGAGACCAUAUUCGACUGCCAGUUCAAGCCCGACAAUUGCAACCUUCUUGCCACUGCCGGUUUCGACGGUACACUGAAGAUCUGGAAUAUAGAGACGAUGAAAGCUGUAAUGUCUUCUCCGCCAAGAAACAGCACGAUCUAUUGCUUGUCCUGGGCCCCGUCUGGACAAGACUGCGUCGCCUUGGGAACCUCCAAGGAUGGGCUCCUCAUCUGGGACACCGUAAAGAAUGUCCCGAAAAACGCCAUUCUCGAUCAUGGAAAAGAGACUGCUCUAUACUGCGUUGCAUGGAAUCAGACGGACGCUAGGUUAAUAGCUUCAGCAGGAGCGGAUUCAACCUGGCAAGUAUGAUUAAAU